AUGGGGGAAAUAUGUGUACCUAGGAGAAGGAGAUCGGUGCUGGGGACGAACACGCAGUGCUUCGUGCUCCUCGUCACUUGGAAGGCUGCGGUCGAUGAAGGAGCUCCGGAAGCCGGUGGCGACGAUGGGGCGCUGGUGCUCGAAGAAGAAGUGUGCGAGGAAGACAAGGAAGAGAUGGAGGUUGUUCACCAGUGGCCUGGUUUGCCAAAGGGUGUAAAGUUUGAUCCGUCUGAUCAGGAAUUGCUUGGGCAUUUGCUCGCAAAACAUGCCGCAGCAGGUUCUCAACCUGACCCAUUCAUUGAGGAAUUUAUUCCAACAGUUGAGGAAGCUGAUGGUAUCUGCUACACUCAUCCACAGAAACUUCCAGGUGUUAAACAAGAUGGAAGUGUAUCACACUUCUUCCACAGAACAUUUAAAGCAUAUAACACUAGGACUAGGAAGCGUCGAAAGAUCAACACUGGUGAUCUUGCUGAUGUUUGCUGGCACAAAACAGGCAAGACAAAACCAGUAAUAGUUGAUGAACAGUACCUUGGCUGUAAGAAAAUAAUGGUGCUAUAUAUGAGUACCGUGAAGGGUGGGAAGCCUAAGAAGACUAAUUGGGUGAUGCAUCAAUAUCAUCUAGGCACUGGCGAAGAUGAGCAGAAUGGAGAAUAUGUUGUCUCCAAAUUAUUUUUCCAGCAACAAUCUAAGCCUUGAGAAAAGAGUGCACUAGAGUUAUUUGUUCCAAAAAAGUGAGAAAUACCUCUGUUCUUUAUUAAUCAAAUACAAUGAAAAUUGUGGACUUUAUGAGUGUUGAUCCUAUUAAUUACUACGAUGAAAACUUGUAGACUCUCGUUAGUAAUGGUGUGGAAACAUGAAUACAGAUGUUUUCCAUCUAAGGUUACCGAUUCUUCCUUUA